GCGUCAGCCACUGACUACAUACACCUAAUAAAUUAAACACCACCGAGCUACUUGAUAUAUACAAACAAUCUAUACAUACACCUAUACAUACAUUCCAUUCCAGUCCAAUGGAGGGAACCCUCGAUCACUUAAUUUAAUCUCCACACUUUGCUUCUUCAACAAGCUGCUGCAACUUCAUCGAUCCCAAUCUAUACACACACCUAUACACACAACUCGCCGGAGCUGUUUCGAUUCUGAUUCGUUGCGUUUGUUUUGUGAUGCGAUUCUCUCGACUAUGUCGAAGAUGAAACACUUGUUGCGUAAGCUUCACAUCGGCGGCGGUGGCGCCGACAAUUUCGCCGAUCACCACCGCGUGGAGGCGAGUUCGUCGGUGAGCGCGAGCCCGACGCCGCAGACGACGCCGGUUGCGGCGGAGACGGCGGCGUAUUCGGCAUUGACGAGCGGGGAAUCGGCGGCCGCGGAGGAGGCGUACUUCGAGGAGGAGUAUCAGAUGCAGUUGGCGUUGGCGAUCAGUGUUUCGGAUCCUGAGACGAGAGAAGAUGCGGAGACGGCGCAGAUCAAGGCUGCCAAGCAGCGGAGCUUGGGGCUUUCGGGUUCGGAGAGUGUAGUGGAGUUUUUGUCGGUUCGGUAUUGGAGUAAUAAUGUUGUUAAUUACGACGAGAAAGUGAUGAAUGGAUUUUAUGAUAUUUAUGGAGGUUCUUCAAACUUAACCACCCAAGGGAAAAUGCCAUCACUAGUGGAUCUUGAAGCAAUUCCUGUAUCAGACAGUGUUGAUUAUGAAGUUAUAUUAGUGGAUCGGGCAAAUGAUAUAGAGCUGCGGAAACUUGAGGAGAAAGUCGUUGGAUUAUUAUUGGAUUAUCAGGCAUUGGGGGCUGGUCAAAUUAUGAAUGGUUUGGUCCAGAUUAUUGCUGAUAUAGUCGUCGAUAGAAUGGGUGGUCCAGUCAGUAAUGCAGAUGAAUUGCUAAAAAGAUGGACUAGCAGGAGUUAUGAAGUGCGGAAUUCCCUAAAAUCUGUCAUAAUCCCCAUUGGUUGUCUCGAAGUGGGGCUUUCACGCCACAGGGCCUUACUUUUUAAGGUACUCGCGGAUAGGAUCAACCUUCCAUGUAUGCUGAUUAAGGGUAGCUAUUAUACUGGCACCGAUGAUGGAGCUGUAAACUUGAUCAAAAUUGAUGAUGGAAGCGAAUACAUAAUAGAUCUAAUGGGAGCUCCAGGCACAUUGAUCCCAGCUGAGGUUCCCAGUUGCAAUCUUCAGAAUUUUGGCCUAGAUACCAGGUCUUAUACUGAUAUAUCUGACACAGUUAUCGGUCAUGAAAGAGUUGUCACAGCUUCUAGUUCAAAUUCAGUUACUGCAUUAUCUGAAGGUAUCCCAUCAAAAAAGGAUGAUAAGAACGUUGGUGAUAAGAACCAAAUGGAGAGGUUUGAAUAUGACUUCGGAAAGCUUCUUCCAUCACUAUGCAAGUCAAACGAAGGGUUGUCGAGCGGCGGAGAGAAACCAUCAGCUGCAAAGAAGUUACAAGUUAAAGAUGUCUCCAAAUAUGUCAUCAGUGCUGCUAAAAACCCUGAUUUUGCACAAAAGCUUCAUGCUGUUUUGUUGGAAAAUGGUGCAUCACCUUCUUCAGAUAUGUUUUCUAAUACAAAUCCUCAGUAUCUUGGUGAAGAUAACAUGCUAGCAAAAUGUAAUAUAUAUGAUGGAAAUAUGGCGGAUUGGGGUGCACAAUGUGAUCAUACAUUCUUGCGUAACAGUGAACAGUGUUUUGUACCGUUUACUGGAGCACAAUUAUUUGAAAAUGUAAGCUAUGAUACUGAGCAAAAUGUGAUCAAGAGGCCUCAGACAGCACAGGAGGAACUGAACUUCCCUAACACUGAUUUCAUGUUACCGUUGUUUGUUGCUAAUAAAGAGGGUUCUGUGCCUAAUUACAGUGAAACUACGACAAACUUUUCGACUCAUGAUGCCAAUGCAGUUGGUUCCUCUCAGCUAGUUGCUAGUGUUUUACAAGCCGAUCACACUAGUGUAUCAUCCUUGUCUCGUGCAUAUAAUCCUAUCAAUGGACAACCCAGAGACGCUCUUGUUGGUAAUGAUGCCCUAUGCUCCAAAGAGAGUACCACAGAUGUUUCCGAGAAUAUUGAAAAACAAGAAGAAACCUGCAUGCAAUUGAUUACUAAAUCCAAUGGUGAUCAGAAUAUUUCCUGCAAUACUUACAAUGAGAAGAGCAGCCCAGUGCUGGGAGAGGUUGCAGAGUGGGAAAUACCGUGGGAGGACCUGCAAGUUUUUGAACGCAUUGGUAUUGGUUCAUAUGGUGAGGUUUUUCGUGCGGAAUGGAACAGCACCGAAGUUGCUGUGAAGAGAUUUAUGAACCAGGAUAUCUCAGGCGAUGCACUUGAUCAAUUUAAAUGUGAAGUUGAAAUUAUGUUGAGACUGAGACAUCCUAACGUGGUUCUCUUCAUGGGAGCAGUUACUCGCCCCCCAAAUCUGUCUAUACUUACGGAGUUUUUACCAAGGGGAAGUUUGUUUAAGCUGCUGCAUCGUCCAAACAUCCAACUUGAUGAGAAGAGGCGAUUGCGAAUGGCUCUUGAUGUGGCUAAGGGAAUGAAUUACUUGCAUACAAGCAAUCCUAUGAUUGUACAUCGAGAUCUGAAAACUCUGAAUCUCCUUGUUGAUAAAAAUUGGGUUGUUAAGGUUUGUGAUUUUGGGAUGUCACGGUUGUUGCACCACACGUUUUUAUCUUCUACGUCGACUGCGGGAACGCCUGAAUGGAUGGCUCCUGAGGUUCUAAGGAAUGAAUUAUCCAAUGAGAAGUGUGAUGUAUACAGCUUUGGGGUGAUAUUGUGGGAGUUGGCAACUUUGCGUGUGCCAUGGAACGAGAUGAACUCUAUGCAGGUUGUUGGAGCUGUUGGAUUUCAACAUAGACAUCUGGAUGUACCAGACUGGGUUGAUCCCUUGGUAACAGAGCUAAUACUUGAGUGCUGGAAUCCUGUUGCGCAAUUGCGACCCUCGUUUGGGCAGAUAAUUGCCCGUCUUAGAUGUUUUCAGCAUCUGGUGAUUGCUGAGAAAAGAAAGGCUGGCAAAGUCAGCGGAAGAAACGAGAGGAAGAAUUCUGUUGAAUGACAUACUGUUGCCAGCUUCCUGGGUUCAAAAAGGGUGCCCGAAGACUUUAGGAGUAGAAGCAUUGUAGAGAAGUGACCAUAAGAGGAAACUGGAUAGGGAAGUGUUAGUUUCACAUAACAUGGGGACUGAGCACAGCCAAUUCAGGAGCGUCAUCCUCCAUAUCAGUUGCUGUGCAGACUGCAGUGGGGACGACUUUUGCUGUAAAUUAGCCUUUGAAUAUUUAUGUAAUAAAUCUCACAGAAGAUGUCCAAGAGCAAAAAAAAAAUGAAAAAAAAGAUGAAAAUCAAAAGAAACGCUGAAAUCAAACGACAGGAUAAAAGAAAAAGAAAAAGAAAAAACACUGUUUCCCCUGUAAUAUUUUACCUUCUUGAGCGUUGUACGCUUUGGAUUGUAAGAAUGGUUCAUAGGUGUAACCGUGUAAGACAGAAGAGAAGUAUACAUUUCCGUUAGAGGUCCUUAGAUGUCAUCGAGGAGGUAAUUGUGGCUUCCUGUGAAUUGUUGUAGCAAUUAUCAUUGCAUUUGUUGUGUACUGUACAUUACAAAGUGGAAAAAAGAAACCAAUUGAAUGUUUC